CGCGGGAAGAGGGAAAGUUCGGAGGCCGCGAGGCGCUGGCCGGACGUCUCCCUCCCGCGCUCCCCCUCCCUCGCCGGGCGCGAGCCAGGGAGCAGCGCUUCUCUGGAUCGUUGUGGGGCUCGGACCGCUAACGGCCCGGCGGCGGAGGCGGCAUCAGCAGCCUCGGGGGAGGGGGCCCGUUGUGAACCCUCGAACCAAGGCAGCCGGCGGCCAGCCUUUCCCUCCCGCAGACUUGGGCUCGGUCCCCGCCCCCGAGUGGGGGAGAAGAAGGCCUAGGAGGAGGGAAAGGGAAAAGAAGAUGCUUCAGGCCAUUAUCGGGGUGCUCCUCCAGAAGGCCAAGGCGUACUUCCGCACCAAAGAGUUCCAGGACUACGUGAGGAGCACGCACUUCUGGGGCCCCGUGGCCAACUGGGGCCUGCCGCUGGCCGCCUUCAAGGACAUGAAGGCGUCGCCCGAGAUCAUCAGCGGCCGCAUGACGCUGGCGCUCAUCCUCUACUCGCUGGCCUUCAUGCGCUUCGCCUACCGCGUGCAGCCGCGCAACUGGCUGCUCAUGUCGUGCCACGGCACCAACGUGGUGGCGCAGAGCCUGCAGGCGAGGCGCUACGUGCAGUACCAGCGGGGCCUGUACCCGCAGCCGCCCGUGUGCACCUGCCCUCCCGCGCUCGCGCCGGGGACGGCGGCCCUGCCGGCGCCCGCUCCUGCACCCGCACCUGCAUCCGCGCAGUAGGCCGCUCCCGCCCGGAGAAGAGCGCCUUGAACCUCCUCGCGUCUGGCUGUAUUUCAACAAAACCCCCGUAUUUUUUAAAGCUUUUUUUUUUUAAUGGAAAAAGAGAGAGAUUAGAAAUUUGUGUAGGACUGACUUUAAAAAACAAACCCAAAGCCGUUCCUGAGACUCUCUUGGGUUUUCCCAGGAGGCUUCUUCUUCCAUCUUCAGUCCGUAACACGUUAUUAGUU